GGUUAUCAUCGAGUACUCUUGUCUCUCUUCCGGCAUUCAGGAACUGUACGAUUAUCCGAAAAUCGCCUGGGCGCCCAGUCAAGCGGUACAGGACCUUUAAUCCAAUUAAUGAUUAGAGUGUAUACUUGGACAUUAUCCAAUUCAGGCAUCAAAGAUGAAGAUAAGCCAGCUCUACGUCUAUCCCGUGAAAUCGCUCCGUCCAGCGUCCAUGACGGAAGCAGCCAUCACAAGGAGCGGGUUCGAAUACGACAGAUGUUUCAUGCUGCUCAAAGUCAAUGACGAAAACACCGGCGACUUCGAAAAUAUGCACGUCUCCUAUUAUGCAGAAUUGACCCUUUUCCUGACAGACCUGGUGUUACCAAGUGAAGAGGGGAACGACAGCGGGAGGAUUCGAGUAACAUAUCAAUCGCCCGUCAGUUCUGAUUCAAGCCAAGGUCGCAAGACGCUCGAGAUUCCUCUAGAGCCAGACAUACAGGGGUUGCGCGAGCUGGAUAUCGUGAUGCACGAGAGUCCGACCAAAGGAUAUGAUAUGGGACAUGAAUACAAUGAUUGGUUCAGUGAAUGCCUUGGAUACAGGGUCAUCCUAGCAUAUCUGGGACAGAACAGAAGAUCUGUACUGGGGUCAUUGUCACCCAAGGCAGCAGCGCGGAAACAACAGAAUGCUAACGGUGGGGGUGGAUGGCUAUCUAUGGUGAUGAACAGUGUCCCUCUGUUGGGUGGAAACGGUGGAGAUGAGGGCCAGAUUACAUUUGCGGACUGUGCAGCCUUCCUGGUCGUGUCGGAAACAUCGUUGCACAACGUAUCCGCUCGUAUGGCUGAAGGUGAAGAGGUGGAUAUCAUCAAGUUUCGUCCGAACAUAGUGGUCUCCGGCUCAGAAGAAGCAUUCGAAGAGGACUUCUGGGGCGAGCUGACGGUUGGAGAUGAAAAGGUGAAGUUACUCCUAACGGCCAAUUGUACCAGAUGCCAGAGUCUCAACAUUGAUUAUACAACGGGGAAGUUUGGCACUGGGGAAUCAGGCAAAGUGCUCAAGAAAUUGAUGAAGGACCGACGCGUGGAUAAAGGUGUAAAGUAUAGUCCGGUCUUUGGACGCUAUGGGUUUCCAGAUCAAGCUUCGAACGGCAUGACACUCCGUGUGGGGGACGAAGUCGAAGUGUCAAAGAGGUUGACUGAACGGACAACGUUUGAUUGGCCUGGUUUGGCAUACUAAACGAAACAUUAUGAAUGUAUUGAAGAUACAACAUCCGUUGGCUAGAAAAAGCUUGCUAAAACGACAGGCACUGGAGUUACUUCACCAGCUAUCUU